AUGACAAGCGAACGUACGCCCUUGUUGUGGGACUACGCCAACUCAAGCAGCAGCACAAACGUAAUCAGCAAGUCAAAGGAGACCAAACCUGUUGACUUCCAUGCACAAUUCUGCAUGCUUGUUGGUGUACCCAGCACCAGCGCUGACCUGCCCAAGGGCGAGCGCACAAAGUCACCACCACCCAAAUCUCUCUACGGACGCGCCAUUCGCCAGCUCAAUUCUCAACGCUUCACUUACUAUGCGACCGCAUCGCUCUCAAACACGCUGCUGCUGACCCAGGUAGUGCUGGGUGCGGCUCUCACCGGCCUUGGAGCGUCCGAAAGCUCGCACAUUCUGAUCACCGUGUUUGGAGCACUCAACACCAUCAUAGCCGGGGUAGUGGCCUACCUGAAGUCUCGAGGACAACCGAUGCGUGCAAGAAUGUACAGGGAUGACCUCGAGAGGGUAGUCGAUGAGAUCGAGAAUUCGGAGAUUAUGUGGCUCGGCAUUACACGUGGCGUGCACGGAUACGAUGAAAUUGACACAGACGAACAUCAAGUCACGGUUAGGUCCGAAGUCGCAAGGCUCACUCGCCUUUUCGAUCGUGCAGUCAGGAAUAAUUCGCUGAAUAACCCUGAUAUGUAUAUGGCUGGCGCAGGAUUUGAUGGGAACAAUACGGCGCUGAAGUCGAGGCCCCCUAAUCAGCCUCUUCCUCUCCCCCUUCCCAUUGUCGCGGGACCUGCUCCUGCUGCUGCACCUGUGAUUGACACUCCGAGCGUACCUCCCGCGGUCGGUGCGGUGCCUGUGGCUACAAUCCAGGAUCCCGACGAGAGUCCUGCAAGUGCACCGCCUAAGCCGAAAAGGGAGGCAGAAGCAAAGAAGGAGGACGUGAAGAAAGAGGAGGAACCGAAGAAUGAAGAAGCGAAGGACUUGACCAAAGAUGGCGGCACUAGUAAAGACGACCCUGCACUUGAAGACAACAAGUCGGCCACUAGCAGUGGUAAGGAGAAGGAGAAGGCACAAGAGGCAGCAACCAAGAAUGACUCAGAAGCUUCCGCUGUACCUGCAUCAAGUGCUGCUUCAGGGAGUAUCAACGAUGCUCCUGCUCCUGCUCCUGCAAGACCAAUCUCGACCUUUGAUCCGGAUGCUUCGCCUGCCUCGUCUGCCGAUGUGCCAAAGAAAAAUAAAAGGGCCACAGACUGA